AUGGCUGAAGAUAACGUAAAGAUGGAAGUUGAAGAAGGAGAAGGAAGCGCAGUAUCAGCGAAGGAUAAGAAGAGAUUUGAGGUGAAAAAGUGGAGCGCUGUGGCACUUUGGGCUUGGGAUAUUCAAGUCGAUAACUGUGCAAUCUGUCGAAAUCACAUCAUGGAUUUAUGCAUUGAGUGUCAGGCUAAUCAGGGAAAUCAGAGUACGGGCCAGAAAGAAGAAUGCACUGUAGCUUGGGGAAACUGUAACCACGCUUUUCACUUCCACUGUAUCUCACGUUGGCUGAAAACUCGACAGGUAUGCCCUCUUGACAAUAGAGAAUGGGAAUUCCAGAAAUACGGCCACUAA